CCAGUGGAAAUAUAUAAAGAGAUUAGAAAUGGUGUGAAGUCUGAAAAGAAAAGCCGGGCUGAUUGGGAUAUUUUAACUGAGAUUUUUAGGUCAUUUUCCAUGUCCGGUUGGGCAUCAAACCAGGCCCUAGCUAUUUAUAUUGGUGCCUCAUUUUUCCCCACUGCUGUUCACGAGUUCCGCAAGUUUUUCUUCAAGAACUGUAAGACUGAUUUAGUCAAGUACUUGGUAUCGCUUGGCCCUGGUGAUGAGGCAGAUAAGUUUUUAUUCCCCGUUUUUGUUGAGUUUUGUAUUGAAGAGUUUCCAGAUGAGAUUAAGAAAUUUAGGAAAAUGGUGGACACAGCUGACUUGACAAAGCCACACACUUGGUUCCCUUUUGCUAGGGCAAUGAAGAGGAAGAUUAUUUAUCACUGUGGACCAACUAACAGUGGCAAAACAUAUAAUGCGUUGCGGAGAUUUAUGGAUGCAAAGAAGGGAGUUUAUUGUAGUCCUCUCAGGUUGUUGGCAAUGGAGGUUUUUGAUAAAGAGAACACAUUGGGGGUUUAUUGUAGUCUUCUUACUGGACAAGAGAGGAAGGAAUUUCCAUUCUCAAACCAUGUUGCUUGUACCGUUGAGAUGGUGUCAACAGAUGAGCUGUAUGAUGUGGUCGCUAUUGAUGAGAUUCAAAUGAUGGCCGACUCUAGCAGAGGUUAUGCUUGGACUAGGGCAUUGCUCGGGCUGAAAGCUGAUGAGAUACAUUUAUGCUGUGAUCCAAGUGUUCUAAAUAUUGUUAGGAAGAUUUUUUCUGAUACUGGGGAUGAAUUAGUAGAACAACAGUACGACAGGUUUAAGCCUCUUGUGGUUGAGGCAAGAACCCUAUUGGGAGAUCUGAAAAAUGUGAGGUCUGGGGACUGUGUUGUAGCAUUCUCAAGGAGAGAGAUAUUUGAAGUUAAAUUGGCAAUUGAGAAGUAUACUAAUCACCGUUGUUGUGUUAUAUAUGGUGCUUUACCACCAGAGACUCGUCGACAGCAAGCGGCUUUGUUUAAUGAUCAGGAUAAUGAGUUUGAUGUCUUAGUUGCAAGUGAUGCUGUAGGAAUGGGUUUGAAUUUAAAUAUCAGAAGGGUUGUUUUCUACAACCUUUCAAAGUACAACGGUGAUAAGAUGGUUCCAGUGCCAGCAUCACAGGUGAAACAGAUUGCCGGAAGAGCUGGGCGGAGAGGCAGUUGCUAUCCUGAUGGACUAACUACUACUCUGCAUCUUGAUGAUUUGGAGUACUUAAUAGAGUGCUUAAAGAAGCCUUUUGAUGACGUUAAGAAAGUAGGCCUCUUUCCGUUUUUCGAGCAAGUCGAGCUAUUUGGAACGCAACUUUCAAACGCAACAUUUUCCCAGCUCCUAGUAGAAUUUGGUGAGAAUUGCCGAUUGGAUGGGUCUUAGUUUUUGUGUCAGCACCAGGACGUGAAGAAAAUAGCUAAUAUGUUGGAGAAGGUUCAGGGGUUAUCUCUGGAAGAUCGUUUCAAUUUUUGCUUUGCCCCUUGCAAUACUAGGGAUCCAAACGCAAUGUACCAUCUUCUGAGGUUCGCUUCAUCGUAUGCCCAGAAGCUUCCCGUCAAUAUAGCAAUGGGCAUGCCCAAGUGCUCAGCUCAUAGUGAUUCGGAGCUCUUGGAUCUUGAGACUAGGCACCAAGUAUUGUCUAUGUACUUAUGGUUGUCUAAUCACUUUGAGGAGGAAUGGUUUCCAUAUAUUAAGAAGGCCGAGAAAAUGGCUACAAAUAUUGCUCAGUUAUUGGGUGAAUCACUCUUAAAGGCUUGCUGGAAGCCAGAAUCAAGGAAGGCAUGCAAAUCAAAGCUGCAGGAGGAGGAUGGUUAUCAGAGGCCAAGUUCACUGGUUAAGUUACAGGAAAAAAAAAGGCACGAGAAGUCUUUGCCUAAGAGGAGGCUGGAGAAGGUAGCUACAUAAAAUUCUGUUCAUAAGGUAAAAUACUGUUCUCUUCCAUCGCAAUUGUUUUUUAAUUUUAGUUUGCCUUAUUCCUUUUUUCUAUUGAAUUAUCGGAAUGAGGGAAAUUUAUUCCAGAACCCUGUAACUUAUACUAUGACUGGGCAUUGAAACUUAAGUAUUAACGUAAGACUUGGAAUCCACGAUUCCUGCGAUGUAGCUUUAAUUCCUUAAUGUUUUAGAGAACAAGUCAGAAAAACAACUGAUGAUGUCUGUCUUCAUAUUUGCUCUAAAUAUUGCUACUGAGUUCUAGUCUUGACAAUUCUAAUAUGUGGAGUAGCUAUAUUCCUGCAUUUUGAAGGCAUGCUAAGUGCCUAGUUAAUUUUAUUUGUGGAAUUUUCAACUACUCAGCUACUCAAUUCUGAAACUGAGAUGCAGCAAUCAUCAAAUAUGAGUGAAUACAUCACAAUAUUUCCAAUUGAACUUGUAGCGCUUCACAAGAUUGAAUUACUAUUAUAAUGGAUAAAAAAGUAGGUAUGAAUACCAUAAUGAAAGUGGCAGAGGUGAUUGGUUUUGUUAAC